AUGGCAAGGAAAAACUUGAGUAGAUUACAAAAAGAAGGAAAUCGUAUGUUAAAAGCUGUGAGCCAUUAUAAACCACUAAAUUCUGCAUAUAAAGGAGGAAAAAGGUCUACCAUUCAUUCAUGCAAUGCCUGCAGCUAUGUGACAUGUUUAAAAACUGAUCUUACAAGACACAUAAGGAAACAUACUGGAGAAAAACCUUUCGUAUGUAAUGCAUGUGGCAAAAACUUUUCUCGAAAGCAUAGCUUAAUGCAUCAUGCAGCAGUUGCUCAUCAUAAAGCAAAUUUCAUGCAAAAAACUAGUCUUACUUAUCACAUGAGAAAACAUACUGGAGAAAGGCCAUAUGGAUGUGUUAUAUGUGACAUGUACGAACAAAUGUACAUUAUUUGUUACUACGUAAAUGCAAGAUGUGUGUUUGUUUUUCUUUCAGGGAGUGGAACUUCAAUUUUAAUUAACAAAUUUCAGAGCAUUCUAACUAAUUCUCUAGACCAAAGAAUGAAACGAUAUACCAUUCACUCAUGUGACGUAUGCAAUUAUUCUACAUGCAGAAAAAGUGAUCUUACUAAACAUAUGCGAAAGCAUACUGGAGAAAAACCAUUUGUGUGCAGUGAAUGUGGCAAAGGUUUCACUCAAAAGCAUAGCUUGAUUUCUCAUAUGUUUUCUCACAAUACAGAGUUUCUGCAAUGAAAAAUAUAUUAUUAACUGUCAUGACAUGAUGCAAUAAGCAAUUCUUCCAUAACUGCAACUUGCAAAUAAAGAAUUUUCAGUGUCAAUGAUUCAUUUGAAGAAUAGUUGCUUAUUUUGUGUAU